GCCGGGAACUGCAGAAACUGUAGUAGGAAACGUUUUGAUAUCCGGGAGGGCGUCAUUGCGUAUAGCGCAUGCGUGCUGAGGCAAUCGCUGCUUUUUAGAAUCCGUUUGAAUCGCUUGGUUUUGCUUGGUUUUGAGGAAAAUGGCUGAUGAUGAUGCACAUGACAGCGUCUUAGAUGAGGGUACAGAGGAUGUGCUAGUCGAGGGUGAUGAUGCGGACGAGACCACGGUAGACGUCGACGUCGAUGCCGAGGCGUUGGACACUGAGGCAGCCGCAGAUGACACAACCACGAGCACAGAAGAUCCGGAACUGGAGGCGAUAAAACAACGUGUAAAAGAAAUGGAGGAGGAGGCAGAGAAACUGAAAGAAAUGCAGAGUCAAGUAGAGAAGCAAAUGAUGAGUCCAACUGCGACCACUCCAGGAAGCAGCUCUGGGUUUCCUACGUGGGAAGAGAAACAAGAAGCUGACAAUCGUUCAGUUCACAUCUCAAACGUAGACUAUGGUGCUACCGCUGAAGAGCUAGAGUCACAUUUUCACGGCUGCGGUGCUGUCAAUAGGGUUACCAUUCUUUGUGACAAAUGGACAGGACACCCAAAAGGGUUUGCAUACAUCGAAUUUGCUGAUAAAGAUGCAGUACAGGCUGCAGUAGGACUGGACGAGUCUCUGUUUAGAGGCCGACAAAUCAAAGUGGCUGCAAAGAGAACGAAUCGACCGGGCAUUAGUUCGACCAACAGAGGUAGAAGACUUAGACGAGGUGGCUACCGUCCGUCUUAUGGUGGCUACUAUGUGCCAAGACCUAGACGAUUUCGACGACGUUCCGCUGUGUGGUAUUCGCCAUACUAAGUGCCGAUGAAGACCGCCGUAUGUACCGGUAAGGUGUGUCAAACAAUGGGUGGCAUUGAAGAGAAAAAAGAAAUGAAGAAAAAAAAGAUGAACAGAAAAAAUAUAAAAAGAAAAAAAAAGAAAAAAAAACAAAAUAUGUUGAGAGAUGGAGCAUGUGGGAUUAGUGUUGUUGAAUGAUGUACUGUACUGUACUGUAUGUAUGUAUACAGUGUGCUUGUGUAAUUUGUUUGAACGAGUAGUGAAUGAUCAAGCAGAGUGAAGCAGAGGACACA